AUUUUCGACCUUCUCUACAAUCUUCUUUUUAUUAGGUCCGUAUCAUACAUGCAAGCAGUUGGCUUCAACUGCUCCAGCAUCACUGAACGAUCAACUGCUCUAGCUGUCUGCAUAAUAUAUGGCUUAGUCUUCCCAAUUAAGGUAGACAGUACCCCUGCAGCAUUAGGAUUGAGGAAUGGGAAUCUGUAUUCUAUAAAAUUGCACAAGUGAAUUUAUGUAAAACUAACAUAAUCUAAAAUGCGUAAAGCCGGCGAUGGUAAGACCUCACGGAAACCUUAUGAGGAGAUCGGAGCCAUGUUUAAUGGAAACGAGGUUAAAAUAAGAAUACCAAAGAGUACUUCCAAACCACCCAAACUUACUCCGUCUCAACAAAAGCUGCAGAAUCUAUGUACCUGUGACGACGAUGGUUCAGUCUGCUCAGAGAACUGUGGGUUUCCCGGGGAAGAUGACGGCGCGCCAGCUAAUAGACUGAAUUUUCAGAUACCGGACGACAUCUGCGAGGCUCUCACUAACAGGAACACCCUCAAUUCGGAAUUAAUUUAUAGCAAGAAGGAAGUUCACGAUAACCUUUGCAAUACAUGUAACGUUACGCCUAAAAACGCUCCGAAAGGCGUAAAAGCGCAGAAGGUACUCCAUCCGGACAAGGACGUGUUCUUGUUGAAGAUCGGCAAGCAAACCGACGAGCCCAAUCGCACUGGAAACAUUGAGGUAGAGUUAGUGACUCCACGAGCGCCUGCCAAAGCCAAACCAGCAACGCAUUCCUGCAAGCAAAUACAAUGCGAAGAAGAUGACUUGCCAUGCUGCAUGCCAUGUAGAAAUUGUCGGGCAGUUUAUCCCAAAAAGAGAAAGGCGAAGAAAUCUAAAUGUUUCCUGUAAACAGUUAGUACAAAAAAAUUAAUGUACCGUUGUGAAUUUUUGAAAAAAAAAUAUAUAGGUAACCAAACCCUAUCAAAUAUUAUCGUUUUCUACUCUUAAA